CAAGAUGGCUGCCAAAAGUUUUGCAUCCCGCCUCAGAGGCUCCCGGCGCUUUCUCCGUGGCUUCGUGGCCGGAGCUGUGGUGGGCGCCGCGGGAGCGGGGCUCACGGCCUUGCAGUUCCUCCGGAGCAAGGGCGCUGAGGCUGCGUCGGCGGCGAGGGAGCCGGAAGGUUCUGCGGAAAAGGCUCUCUUGGAACAAUUUGGAUUUCCUUUAACUGGAACAGAGACUAGGUGUUACACUAAUCAUGCCUUGUCUUACGACCAGUCAAAGCGGGUGCCUAGAUGGGUUCUUGAACAUAUAUCCAAAAGCAAGAUAAUGGGUGAAGCAGACAGAAAAGAUUGUAAAUUCAAACCUGAUCCCAACAUCCCUCCAACCUUCAGUGCCUUCAACAAGGACUAUAUUGGAAGUGGGUGGUCACGAGGACACAUGGCUCCAGCGGGAAAUAACAAAUUUUCAUCUAAAGCUAUGGCUGAAACCUUUUACCUUUCUAAUAUUGUGCCUCAGAACUUUGAUAAUAAUGCUGGAUAUUGGAACAGAAUAGAAAUGUACUGUCGAGAACUGACAGAGAGAUUUGAAGAUGUUUGGAUCGUGUCUGGACCGUUGACCUUACCUCAGACUGGAAGUGAUGGAAAGAAAAUAGUUAGUUACCAGGUGAUUGGUGAGGACAAUGUGGCGGUCCCCUCGCACCUUUAUAAGGUGAUCCUGGCUCGCAGAAGUCCAGUGUCUACUGAACCGCUGGCACUAGGGGCCUUCGUGGUGCCCAAUGAAGCUAUUGGCUUCCAACCCCAAUUAAGUGAAUUCCAAGUGAGCCUUCAGGACCUGGAGAAGUUGUCAGGACUGGUGUUUUUUCCUCAUUUGGAUAGAACUAAUAAUGACAUCAGGAAUAUCUGUUCUGUGGACACCUGUAAGCUCCUGGAUUUCAGGGAGUUCACUCUGUACCUGAGCACAAGAAAGAUUGAGGGAGCUCGAUCGGUCCCCAGACUGCAGAAGGUCAUGGAGAACUUGAAGAACGCAGGGAUUGAACCCGAUGAGUAUUUCCUGAGUCGCUAUGAGAAGAAGCUAGAAGAACUCACAGCGAAGGAGCAAGCAGGACUCCUGGAGCGAAAGCCAUCCUAGCUUUUAUCCAGAAGUGUGCUGUCACCUGUGACGCGGCAGACGUGCCCUCUUCAGGCACAUGCAUUGUAGUAGCUUUGCUUGUUAAAACAAUCAUGGAAUCCUAAAUUUAAGACCAAACUUCUCCCUAAAAGAUGAAAGAUCUAAAAUUUUUCGGUUGGUAUUUUAUUUGACGUGGGAACUAACUGUUCAGGAAACUGUAACACCUGUGCAGGUUGGCAGGAGGACUGUGUGCAUGAGAUGACGCUGUGGGUCCCUCGGAGUGCGUCGUGUGUGAGGCAUCGUAUUCUCUUCUCCAGGUCGUGCAGUGUUGGACGUGUCCCUCGGUAUCCUUAGAGCCUGAUACUGUGCGUCUUUCCCUGGGGCCUGAGUUGGUCUCGGACAUAGCUCUUAGAUGUCCUCUGUGUUAUCCUGUCAACGU